UUUCAACCAAUGAUGAAUGGAACGGAGAAAAAAUGGACGCGUUGACGUUAGGCUCGCACAGAUUGGUCCAUCUUGACUUGAAAGGCGCACCGCCGCGGACCUGUUAUUUUGAAAAGCUCUUUCCAUUAUUGCGAACAUGGGGAGCUACUGGACUAUUGCUAGAAUGGGAAGAUACAUUUCCUUACAAUCGAGAACUCAGUCCAAUAGGAAGCAACGGUCCAAGCAGUUUAGCGAGUGGAUAUACUAUACAGGAGGCUAGACAUAUUUUGCAAAUAGCAGGUGAUUGUGGUUUGGCAGUUGUUCCAUUGGUACAAACUUUUGGUCAUAUGGAGUUUAUUUUGAAACACGAUGAAUGGAGAUUAUUGCGUGAGGUGGAAUCUUUUCCAAGUUCCAUCUGUCCAUCAAAUCCAAGAACUCUUCCAGUGGUGAAGUCGCUAAUACGUCAGAUUGUUAGCUUCCAUCCUGACAUACAGUAUUUGCAUAUAGGUUCUGAUGAAGUAUGGCACUUGGGUCUUUGUUCAGUCUGCACUAAGCGAGCUGCAGCCAGUAAAUAUGGCAAAUCAUCAUUAUAUCUUGAACACAUUCUAGCGAUAGCCCAAUAUAUUCAGGAAACCUAUCCAUACUUAAAGAUUAUUAUCUGGGAUGAUAUGCUGAGAUCAAUAGAUUUACAAAUUUUGAAUGAACAUUAUAUUGGCAAAUAUGUAGAGCCCAUGGUGUGGCAUUACAACCCUAGAGACAAUUUUGCACUACCUGAUGGAUUAUGGGAUAAGUAUAGUGCAGUCUUCCCCAAUAUUUGGGCAGCUACUGCAUUCAAAGGAGCUACUGGCUCUGCACAACAUAUACCUAUAAUUCGACAUCACAUAAGCAAUCAUGAAAAAUGGUUAGAAGAAUUGGGAGUUCAUGUGAAUAAGGUACACGAAUUUCGUGGUACAGCAUUCACCGGUUGGUCAAGAUAUGAUCAUUAUGCCACAAUGUGUGAAUUGCUGCCUACGGCAAUACCAUCAUUAGCUUUAUGUCUGAAGGUUUGGCUCUAUGGUUAUUCAGAGCAAACACAUACACAAGUUGCAAAGAGCUUGGGAUACAUUGAUCAUCCAUUGCACAUAACGCCACAACCAAGGCCAAUCCCGAUUCCUAGCAAUUUGCUCUUUCCUGGAUGGCAAAUAGCUGUGGGCAUGGAAUGGUUUCUCAACUUUAAAACAAAAUUUCACAAUAUUAUCGCUAGCGAUCAGAUUAUGACUUGGAUGAAUCCAUGGCAAGUGGCAAAUAAUUAUACAAAUCCCAUGCAACUGGAAAACUUGGUACCUACUUUUACAGAGUUAUUAUUAGAAUUAUCUUCUUUGGAGGGUUAUUUACGAGUUCAAAUGGAAGCAGUUUUUUUCUCGUCAAUGAUUGAAGAAUGGAUAGGUACCAACAUUCAACCAAUGAAAGUAAAGUUAGUAGAGCUGAAACAAACCACGGAAAAUCAAUUGAAAAUAAAUAGUCGCGUGUAAUAAUUUUUUCGCUUGAAAAAUCGGCGAAUUUUGGAUAACAUAUAUGAUUUUGAAACAAAGCAGUCAUAGUUAUUGAUGGAUAAUCAACAAUUUCUUGGAUGUAAAAUAAAAUUAUUUUUAUAUAUAGUACAUCAUUAUGUAUAAAAUGUCAA